UUGAAUAUUUUAAAUUGUGAUAGUUUUAUUUUAAAAAAAUUGAGUCACAAAAUAAAUACAAAGACAAAAAAUGUAUUCAAAAUUAAACACAAUUAACAAUUCACUAAAAUAAACUUCUUAUAUCAACACAUUCACAAUGAAAUUGUUACUAAGUGUUCAAAUGAUCUUUCACAUCUGAAAUGUAAACUCAGUCAGACAAAAUUUACAUCAUUCAGUUAAAGCAUAGAACAAACACUUAAUCAGAACCACUUUUAGGUAAAAAAAUUGCUAAAAACAAAAACAAAAAAAAGAGUAAGUUUUGUUGAAUUUAAUUAAAAUUGACCCAGAAAAUAUACUAAAAGUAUUCAUGUACAAAAACUGUGAGCCAAGGCAGUCUGAUACAUUCAGGCAACAAGCUGAAGAAAAUGUUUAAAAGAUUAUUAACUUCUUUGAAUUGAUUUAAGUGAGGUUGACAGAAGCCAACCGGCUUGUAAGCAUUUGGAAGAGAUGAAUUGGUAUCUGCUCAAAUUUUCUUUUUGCAUUAGUGAGGAGCUGAGUUUUAUGGUCGGUCAAUGCAAUACAAUUAAUUUGAAAAUUAAAUCUUACAUUUCAGUAAAUAUCCUAGUAUUAUGUAGAAACAAAAAUAUUGUUAACUAACAAAGCUCAUUGCUGCUUUUGUUUAAUGGGUAGUAAUUUUGAAGCUCAAGAAAAUUUAUGCAGAUAUUACGAAAAAGUGACAAAAAUCUUUCUCUCACGAAAGUAAAUUUAUUGUUUACAAUUAUUUGGUGACAAUUUCAUUACAAACUAGAAAGAAAGAAAAUACUUUUCUACUUUCUCUUCCUGAGAUAUUUCGGUCUUGCUACAGAGAUAGUUUUUUCAUCAAAAUAUGUAUUGCAUUUUUUCCAUUUGUACCUUUUCUUUGGAUCCUUUUUGCUAAAAUCUGGUGCUAAAUUAGGCAUAAGUCCUGCUUUCUGAGCCAUGGUCACCAAUGUUCCUAUUCUUCUCUGUUGUGCAAUACACAAUCCAGUGAUUCGCUGGGGCAACAUGCAUCCAUCUGGACGCACAAAUUGACUUAAAAUCAAAACAUCUGUAUGUUUAACUUCUAAACCCAGGCUGCACACUGGGCAUGGUUUAUCGUCUCCUUGUGGUACUUUAAUCAAGUACGGUUCACGAGGCGAUGACACAUUCACUCCCUCUACAACAAGGAUUUUACCUUCUUUGGUUUCUUUUAUUUCUUUCAGUUGGUGAACAGAGGAAGUCAUUAUCCCUCUUUCUUGUGCUUUCAAGGUUCCUCGUAAAUUUGAAAGCACAUUUUUUGUAAACCAUUGAAUUCGCAUCAUUUUGCAAAUAAUUACGAUUAAAUUUGUUCGAAAAUCCCACAGACUAAAUCACCUCCCCUGUUCUUGCACUUCAGUAAAUUUGGUCGUACGUUUACAAAAAUAGCAAUAUUUAUAUUGCAAGCACAUUUAUUAUUUUUUAGUCAGACUACUGUCAACACACACAAACGGUCCAAUACAACUUCACAAAUAGAAAACACUGAAAUCUGAAAACCACAAAUGCUCACGAAUACCAGCACCAGAGAGUAUGGGUCCCGGUGUAUUGUAACACGAUUAUCACGGUUCACGCUGUAAGUGAAACCCAAAGAAACAAGUGGUGUUGAUCAGUGUUGGUCCAAGCAAGGGAAAGAAACCAAUACAAUACGGAUAGUCUGACUCAGACCGGUCUCCGUUCAACUGAGUCAUUUGUAAAGUUCAUUCAGUCCGGUUCAGGGCGUAUUCGGUCGUAGAUUCGGUUUUUAUUAAUACUUAGCGAAAUUAUCGCGCCCUCCAAUUUAGAAUAUUGGCAAGAAACUGUGGUAUUGCAUAUUGGUCUGUAGGUCCCAUAAAUCACGGUUUCUCGUAUACUUUAUACCAUGUACCCGUUCGAUGCCCAUUAACAGCGCCCUUUUUUCUCCACGUAAAGCUCCAACUGAGCAUCGAUGACACUUGAGCGUGUCCAUGCGUCAAGUGACCGGUUUAUAUGUUGCCCACGAAUGUUAACAAUUGUUAUUGAGUGAAAUAUGUGGUUGUUUGUCAGUCAAACAACUCCAGAAAAUCUUACAUUACUUAUCUAAUUUUAUAAUACUAAAAUGAAGCGUUUACAUACUAGGCUGGGUUCUUUACUAUCUGGAGCAUCUUUCUCAGUAACCUCUAAAGGUCAAUGUGUAGACAGUAAUAAAAUAAGGAACGAAUUUAUAAAAUUCUUUACAGAAAAUUAUGAUCACACUUUUAUCAAAUCAAGCCCUGUUGUUCCAUUCUGUGACCCAUCUGUACCAUUUGUGAAUGCAGGAAUGAAUCAGUUCAAAGGUAUAUUUCUUGGCCAAAACAAACCACCGUAUAAUCGUGUCGUAAAUAGUCAGAAAUGUAUUCGUAUUGGGGGAAAACAUAAUGAUUUAGAAUGUGUAGGAGUUGAUGGAUAUCAUCACACAUUCUUUGAAAUGUUAGGUAAUUGGUCAUUUGGUGACUAUUUCAAGGAAAAAGCCUGCAAGAUGGCUUGGGAAUUAUUGACUGGCCCCUAUAGACUUAAUCAAGAACGUUUGUAUGUGACUUACUUUGGAGGUGAUAAAGAAAUGGGCAUUGAGCCAGAUGUAGAGACAAAAAAUAUCUGGCAGAGCAUUGGAGUACCUUCUGAGCGAAUCAUAGCAUUUGGGCCAAAAGAGAACUUCUGGGAGAUGGGCCCUACUGGACCAUGUGGUCCUUGCACAGAAAUUCAUUAUGAUCAUGAACAUGGUCGAAAAAAUGUUUCUGACCGUGUAAAUCGGGACCAUGAUGAUGUUGUGGAGAUAUGGAACUUAGUUUUCAUUCAGUAUAAUCGGGCCUCUGAUGGUAGUUUGAAGAAACUUCCGUGUUUCCAUGUUGAUACUGGGAUGGGCCUGGAAAGAUUGGUUGCAAUUUUGCGAGGCAAAAAGUCAAACUAUGACACUGAUUUAUUUAUCCCACUUUUCAAUGCUAUACAGAAGGUAAUUUCUGGUGCACCUACAUAUACCGGAGGAAGAAGUAAACUUGAUACAGAUUAUCGAAUAUUAGCUGAUCAUAUCCGAAUGAUAACUAUUGCAUUGGCUGAUGGAAUGUUUCCAGAUCAAAAUUUUAAGUUGCGCCGGGUUCUGCGAAGGGCCUUGGAUAUUGCAGAAAAUACUUUUAAAUGUGACAGAGGCCUUGUUCCAGAACUAACAAACUAUGUAGCAGACAGUUUAGCUGAGGCAUAUCCUGAAGUGGAGGCCAAAUUAAAACAGAUUCAAUUAAUAAUUUGUCAUGAAGAGGAAAUUUUAAAAUCAUUACAGAAAACAGUGUUGCUUGAAUGGAAAGCUCUUACUCAAAAUCAUAGUGACUUAGAUGAAUUGAAUGUUGAAAUGACACCAGGUAUUGUUGGAGCCUUCAAGGAGUUGAAAAGAGUUAUAGCAAGUAACACAAAGUCAAUUCCUCCAGACUUGGUCUUCAAACUCUACGAUACAUAUGGUCUUGAUAUGAGAACAAUAGGAAUUCUGUGCAGUCACUUUGGACUGGAAAUGGACCAAUCCAGUUUUCAGGAUCUUCUCCAGGGCGUUAGGAAGAAAAGUAGGGAAAUGCACCAAGUGGACAGUUCAGGGAAUGAUGUUAGUGCAUUGGUGAUGAAGUACGCAAAAGAGCACAAAUUACUGCCCACUGAUGACAGCGUUAAAUACAUGUACUACAAACAAAAAGACUACGUGUUUCCAUCUCUGGAGAGUCGAAUUCUAGGAAUAGUGUGUGAAAAUCAUUGUGUUUCACAAGGUAUUCCAGGACUAACUUGCGAUUUAAUAUUUGAUCAAACAAAUCUGUAUCAUGAUGCUGGUGGACAAAUAAGUGACACAGGAUAUUUAAAUUUGAAAAAUGGAACACGAAUUCAUAUUAAUAAGGUAACCAAUAUUCAAGGCUAUCUUCUCCACAGAGUUGAAAUACCUGAAGAUUGUUCUCUUUCCGUUGGUGAUAAAGUAACAUUGGAAGUUGUUUCGGGAAAGCGUUUGGACUGCAUGCGUAACCAUACAGCAACACAUCUUGUGAAUGCUGCUUUAAGUAAAAUGCUGACUGUUACAUGCCAAAAGUCUAGUCAAGUUACCGAUUCCUCUCUUACGUUUGAGUUUGCUGUGUACGGGGAACGAUUUGACUCCAGGGAUGUCAAAAAAGUUGAAGAACUUGUACAAACUGUUGUGUCUUCAGCAGUUCCUGUUAAACGGGAAACUGUGAAUGGUCAGAAACUUCAGGAAUUGUACAUCACAAAUAGAGUAACAUUGGUACCAGGAGAAGUGUAUCCUCAAGAUGAAGUACACAUUAUUGAAAUAGUUGAUAAAAAUUUAGUGUCAAGAGAGGCAUGCUGUGGAACACACGUGAUAAAUACUGCUGAUAUUGGCGAGUUCUGUGUAACAAGUGUUAAAUCUCCUUCUUCUGGUACACGCACUUUAACUGCUGUUACUGGCAGUAAAGCGGCAGAUGCCAGAAGAGAAAGUAUUUAUGUAUUAGACAAAGUAUCAGAGUUCAAAAAGUGUGUUUCUUCUCUUACGGAAAAUAUUUCAACAUCACUUGAAGAGGUCAGAACUGCUGAAAAAAAUAUUCAGAAUAUAAUGCAAAAAUUAAUAACACAAGAUAAACAUACUUUGCCCCACACUGUACAUGUGUCGUGUCUUGAUGAACUUGUAGGCUUGAGCAAAAAGCUAAAACAGUAUGGCAGAACGUUUUCAAGAGGGAAUUUAGAAGAUGAAAUGCAAAUAGUUUUGCAAAAUUUGCAAACAGAACCAUUUGUGGUUCACUUUUUAAAGUGUUCAUCAUCAGCUGAUGAUAUUCCUCUUCAAAAAGCUACUAAGAUGUGCCCCCAUCUUCCUGUGCUAUUGAUUGCUGCCAGUGGUGAUAAUUUAAAAGCAAGGUGUUGCGUUCCUAAGAAAUUUAUUUCUGAAAAAUUCAAUGCAAAAUUGUGGAUGGAAGAAGUCCUUUCUGUAUUUGAGGGCAAAGGUUUCGCCCCCCGAGGUCAAAAUAGUGAAGAAGUUUUCAAUAUGAAAAAGAAAUAUGUGAAAGAAGAUACAAUGUCUACUCUGCUUAAUGAUGCAGUUACUUCUGCAAAGAAAUUUGCUGAAUUUGCUCUGCAUAAGAGCUAACAAAUGAUUGUGAUAUUAGUUGAACAUAAAUAAGUUGUUGUAAUGUUUUCAAAUUGGUAUUUUUAAUAAAUGUUAAUUUAUUUUUAGUUGUUUAAUUUUCCUAAAAAGAUAAUAACAAAUAUUUAAUGCCAUGUCAGGCAAUUGUCAUAUUUGUAUGGCAACUAGGUUUUGUUUUUUGUGUGUGUUCAUUUAUUGUAGUAGCUAAUGUCAACUACAGAGUAAUGCUCAAAUAUAAUGUUAUGUGAUAUAUUAAACAGAUGACCUUCAGAAACAUUAAGAAUGCUCCCAAAAGCAGGUAAUGCAGUAUCAAUGAAAAACAUGUUUGUAAAUGGCUGGAAUAAAUGUUUUGGUGAAGGCUGUGACUCGCAGAGGGGCCAACAACUCCCACAAAUAAAAUUAUCACUGAGGAUGUACUCAUUGUUGAAGACAUUGAAGGAAAGAAUGUUGGAAAUAUAACAGCAGAACUCAGAAUUUCAAUUGAAAGUGUUCUUGUUAUUCUGCAUAAACAUUUGAACAUUCAUUACAUAUCUUACAAGUUACUAUUUCCAAAAAUGUCUCCUAAAAACAAACUAACAAGAAUGUUCAGGAUCUUACCAGAACUACUGACAAAGAUAAUUUUUUGAACAUCAUUAUAGCUGCAGAUGAAACUUGGAGCUAUUUGUAUGUCCUUUUGCCUAAACACCAGUCAUGCGUAUGAAAAUCCAAAUCCAUGGGUCUAAACCAAAAACUGCCUAAGGUCACCAGCAGAGACACAGUUGUUCUGGUGGUUUUCUCUGAUGCUCAUGCUCUUGUUCAGAUGAGUUUAUUCUAGAAGAUAGAAUUGUAAUAAAAGAAUGUCAUAAAAAUUCUUUGUCGUCCCCUUCACAGAAGUUGGACUAGCCCAUGUGAAGCAGCCAAACUGUUUUUGGUGGGAGAAAUUUCACUUGAGAUUGUCAGGGAAUGGAACCCGUACCUCCUUGGCGAAAGGCGAGCGACUUCGCUCAAAGUUUGAGUGGUUUUGUAAAAAGUCAAAGCUGUGCCAUGACAGACUGGUACGAUCAUGGCCGUCUUGAAUAGCGAGUCAUGUGCGAGUACAUUUCAUAUAGUGUAAUUUUUUUUAUAGCUGCCCCUCAAGGCUUGUCUACACGAUGGAAUAUACACAGCAUUCCUCGUCUUGGGUGCCGCUAGAUGUAUAAUCAUGAUCGUAUCAAGCUGUGCUAGUACUCCGUAGUACUCUGAAUCGCACCAAGGCGUAUACAAUGAUAUAAUAAUUAAAUUUGUUCAAAGAAUUGGUUGCCCCGACCGGGACUAAG